UGAGCUGUGCCCAGACCGAGGGGAGCGGGGCCGGGCCGGGCCGGGCACCCCGUCCCGCUGCCGCCGGGGGGCGGUGGGGUGGCGGCGCAGGGCCCGGAGCCUCCCUGCCCCUCUCCCGUGCUGCAGGCGGCCCGGCGAGGGAGGCUGAGCAGCGGCGGCAGCAGCAGCAGCAGGAGCAGGCAGGCGGUCGGGGACGGGACGGAGAGAUGGCGGAGACCGGCUCGGUGCACGCCACCAGGUUCGAGGCGGCCGUGAAGGUGAUCCAGAGCCUGCCCAAAAACGGUUCAUUCCAGCCAACAAAUGAAAUGAUGCUGAAGUUCUACAGCUUUUAUAAGCAGGCAACACAAGGACCCUGUAACAUUCCAAGACCUGGAUUUUGGGAUCCAAUUGGUAGAUACAAAUGGGAUGCCUGGAGUGCUCUGGGAGACAUGUCCAAAGAAGAAGCCAUGAUAGCCUAUGUUGAAGAAAUGAAAAAGAUUCUUGAAAGUAUGCCAAUGACGGAGAAAGUUGAAGAAUUACUACAAGUAAUAGGCCCCUUCUAUGAAAUAGUAGAAGAUAAAAAGAACAGAGGAUCUGACCUAACCUCAGUUCGAAUGGAGAAAGUCUCUAAAUACUUGGAAGACCUUAGUAACGCCAUGAAUUCCACUCCAAAUAUAAAGGCUGUGAAUGGCAAAGCUGAAAGUAGCGAUAGUGGAGCAGAAUCAGAAGAAGAAGGGCUUCGUGAAGAGGAAGAAAAAGAACUACAGCAAAAUGUGAAGGAAUGUAAGAGUGUGAAAACAGAAUCAGCAGCUGCAAAGGAUUUGGAAACUAUUGUUGCUAAUAGCUGUUACAAGGAUGGCUUUAUCCCAGAUCUGCAGAAUGGCAUCCAGACCAAAUCUGCCCUGAAUGGCUUGAACACAGAGGAAGAAAUAAAGAAAACAGAGCCAAGCCUUGAAAUAGCUAAUAACAGUGCUCACCAAGGUGGAAAUGAGGAGAAUACUGAAGAGGUCUCAGGAACUCAGCACUUAACCAGCGAUUCCGACAGUGAAGUUUAUUGUGACUCUAUGGAACAACUUGGACUAGAAGAGCCCCUGGAGAUCAUCACAUCAACUAAAGGAUCUUUGAAGCGUUCAUCCCAUUUCUUGGGUGUAGAUCACAGUCUUCUGUUAGAAAAUACGGAUUUUCCAAGGCGUGCUUGCAUGACUUCUGGGAAUCUCCAGCUUGGAAAUAAUGUAGAAGGAGCAGUUCAAGAAGAAGGUGAAGUCAAGUGUGGAGGAGAAGAUGGCCAAGCCACUAAUGGGGGCCCUCACAAAGAGAAGAAAAGUGGAGAAAAAGCAGAUUUCUAUGGUGUCAGAAGAGGGAGAGGGCACAGACUUCAGCCGCUAGGCGACGGUUCGCAAGGUGGACAGAUGGGUAGCGGAGGGGAUGGAGAGCGCUGGGGAUCAGACAGAGGACCCCGGGGUAGCCUCAAUGAACAGAUCGCGGUAGUGCUGAUGCGCCUGCAGGAAGACAUGCAGAACGUCCUUCAGAGGCUGCACAUGCUGGAGGCGGUUACAGCAUCGCAGGCAAGAUCUGCAACGCUGCAGUCAAAUUAUCAGCCUGAUUCCUCUGUUAAGAAACCAUCAUGGUGGCCCUUUGAAAUUUCUCCUGGUAUUUUAGCUUUUGCAGUUGUAUGGCCAUUUAUUGCCCAGUGGUUGGUGCAUGUAUAUCUUCAAAGAAAGAGAAGAAAACAGAACUGAGAAUUGAUGACUUUGCUUAAAGACUGCUAGGAGAAGAUGGCCCUGGAAAGCGAAGGAAUUCUGAAUUCUUACAGAACCUCAGGAUCUGGGAUGAUGUUCCUUCUGUUAUAGUAAUAUUUGUACUACCUUUGAGCUGAACAUUUAAGAACUAACAUUAUUGAUACUUGAACAAUUCGCUGCUCCUAGGUUAUGAAUAAAUUCAGUAACUCCAUCCUUAAAACCACAUGAACAUUAAUUAUUUUGGAACUUGCUUGUGGAUGGGCCUUUAGUAAUUACUAGUCUUGCUGAUGUCAGAUAAUGGAGAAAAUAUCUUUGUAAAAGAAUAAGUUAAUAAUAUGUAAAGCUGUCACUUCAAUAUAGAAAUAAUGUUACAAUCAAAAUAUCCUUACCUGUCUUUCCACAGGUUUACAUACUGAGAUGAAAGCACUAAUGAAGUAUGAAUUCAAUACCUUGUAAGCUGUUGGAAAAUACAAUAUAGCUCUUAGGAAUUCAACUGGUUAUUUUUGCUGCUAAACCAGUGUGAGAUGAAUUUCCUUGUAAAUUAAUCAGAAAUGAAGUGGGAUGCUUCAGUUAUCCUGUAAGAUUGUAAAGGAGACUUUUGAAUUGGUAUCUGUCUUGGAAAUUGGAGCUGUUAGUAACAGCGGGAUUGUCAAACACAAGUUUGCAAGUCGUGUGAUCCAUCUAAAGCAAGGGAUCCAUCUAAAAAGGCUGCACCUUAUAUUUUUAAUUUUGAUAAUUGUAUUUGUGUUGACAAGUUUGUUUUAACUGAAAUACAUAGGUGAGGCACAAGGUGCUUCAAAAUGAGAUGAAAGCCAGUUCUGUAAGUACAUAUCUGAGAUUUUACAAAGCUCUGUGCAUUUUAAGUUUUCUUCUGUCAGUUUAUGUCAAAUUUAAAAAAGAUCUUAUCUAUCCCUCAUCUGUCGUGCACUCUUCCCCACUCACAUUAGGAAAAAUAUUAGUUCUGGUAUUUUCCUCUCUUAUCCUUCUACUUUCUUUCAAAACAAAGCUUCUAACCUAAUUUUGGUACCAAGUCUUUUCUUUAAUGGGAUAUUUUAUUAAUCAAGAUACAGCUAGAAUUGUGCAUAUGGAGAUAGAUCAAUGCAUAUGUAACUAAAUUGUCCAAAUUUCUGGGAAAGAGAAGUGCACUAAAAUUAAAGUUGACAGAAAAUGAAGACAUUCAUUUGCUAUAAAGAAAUAAGCCAUCACAUAACCUGUGCUUAAGAUUUGAAUCUUCUGCAACGUCACCAUAUUAUUGAUGCACUUUCAUUCUCCACCCGCCCUAAAUAUUGCAAAUCAGUCUUGAGGACAGCUAUUUUCUGUCCUUCCUGAAAAUCUUUUUAUAGUUUGAAAAGCAUUUUUACAGCUAUACUGAAAAAAAAAAAAAAAAGAAGAAAAAAGA